GGCGCUUAGCGGGCGGCCGCGGUGGUGCCGGAGCGCGGGCCGGGCCGGGCCGGGUGUGGGGCCGCGCCGCCCCGGCCGCCCUUUGUUGUCUCGGCCGUUGCCGAGUCCUCGGCCGGCACCUGCGAGCGGGCCCCGGCCCCGGGGCGGGCGGGAUGUCCCAGGAGAACUUCCUCGGCAUGGACGAGGGAGCUCUGCGGAAGUUGCUGGAGGCAACGCUGGAUCUGGCCGAGCGGCGCCGCAUCCGCUCGGCCAUCAGGGAGCUGCAGCGGCAGGAGCUGGAGCGGGACGAGGAGGCGCUGGCGUCCAAGCGCUUCCGCCCAGAGCGUGGCACCCACCGGCAGGACGACAAGGAGAACUGGCCGCGAUCCCGGCACCUGGAGGAGGAGCAGCAGCAGACAGCCCUGGCUGCCUUGUCCCAGCAGCUUGAAGCCAUCACCGAUGUGGAGGAGCUGACAAAACUGCUGCGGGCGGCGGGUGAGUACGAGGAGCGCAAACUGAUCCGAGCUGCCAUCCGCAAGCUGCGGGCUGAGGAGAUUGAAGCUGCAACCCUGGCUGGGAACACACAGAGCGGCCAGAGGAACAACAGCAAGCCUCGCCCUGUGUCUGGGGACACGAAAAGCAGCCGUAGGGACGAUGCUGAAACGCCAGCUCUGCCUGGGAGCAGGAAGAGCAGCCAGAGGGGUGAUACUGAGCUACCAGCCUUGGCUGGGAGCAAGGAGAGUUGUGAUGAGGACAGCACCGAGCCCCUGGCCACGACCGGGAGUGGGGAGAGCAGCCAGCAGGAUGAUGCAGAGCAGCCGGCGCUGGCUGGGCCGGAGGAGAGCAGUGACGGGGGGGCUGCAGAGCAACCCCCUGCCCAGGAACCCAAAGGUUCAGUGGCCCACAAGCAAGACAACGCAGCGGAGCAGGAGCUUGUCCCGGCUGGCAUGCAGGAGCUACGCAGCCAGCAGACAGGAGACCCCCAGAAACCCAGCACCCAGGCCAUAGUCUCGGGGACCCUCGUGCUCCUGGAGCUGCAGCCGACCCCAGAGCACGGUCCGGAGCCCAAAGAUGGUGCUGAGGAGCCAGAGCAGGGCCAGACAUGCUUCACGGCUGCUGCCCAGCCCGAGGUGCAGCACCAGGCAGCCUGGAAGGAAGGGAGCCUGGACAGCCCUGCCACCGCCCCGGAGCCCAGUGGGGGGCAAAGUCACCAGGUGGAGCAGCCCCCCCCCGGCCAGCCCAGUGCUGGCAGCCGGAUCAGCCAGCUUGGUGUCAGGGUACGCAGCCCAGUGCCAGGGCUGGCCGGGAGGCGCGGGGAGCCACCAGUGGUGGCGGUGCCCACCCAGGACACGGGUCGCCUGAACACUCACCGGUGGGAGCAAGCGCCCUCCUCCCUGCGCCCAGCUGGCUCCACGGAGGUGACCCUGGGGCUGCGGAGCACCCCCAUCCGCAUCACCGCUGUCCCCAGCAGCGUCUGCAGCAUCAACAGCAUCAGCAGCAAUGUCACCAAGGACCCUUGCGCCCACUUUGAGGGCACCGAGGAGCCCGGCGUCCCCGUGGCCCAUCCACCCACUUUCUCCAGCACCCGCCAGCAAUCGGUCCUGCACCUCUCCCGGAGCAACAGUGGCGUGGAGCCAGAGGCGGUAGAGCAGCCCCAGGCAUCCAGGCUGGAGCCAGAGCUGCCCAACGGCAUGGAGAAGGUCCAAGUGAGAGAGCUGGAGAGAAGGAGCAAGCUGAAUGUCGAGGAGCUGAAGAGGAUUGAGGAUGAGGAUGUUCUGGAUAAGAUGCUGGAUCGGACAACAGACUUCGAGGAGCGGCGACUGAUCCGAAACGCCAUGCGGGAGCUGCGCCAGCGCAAGCGAGACCAGCGGGAGAAGGAGCGGGACCAGCGGCUGCAGGAGACGAGGAGCCAGGCUACAGCAGGAAGGGCCGGCCACGCCACAGAGACCACCACCACGCAGAGCACCCAGUCAGCCGACGGCUCGGCACGCAGCACUGUCACCAAGACCGAGCGUCUUGUCCAGUCUAGCGAUGGCACCAAGACCUCCCGUACCACAAGCAUGGAGUCAAGUUACGUGAAGAGAUCAGACAAUGGCAACAGCACAUUCGUUCAAACCAAGUCAUCCUUCAGCUCCUCCUCCAAGAAGACGGGCAGCAUCUUUGACCGUGAAGAUGAGAGUGCCUCCAGGCAGAGCAGCCUGGCCGCACUGGAGCGACGCCAGGCUGAGAAGAAGAAGGAGCUGAUGAAAGCUCAGAGCCUGCCGAAGACAUCGGCCUCUCAGGCUCGCAAGGCCAUGAUGGAGAAGCUGCAGAAGGAGGGCGGGAGCUCGCCGAACCUCGCAGUGCCGCGCGCUGGCGUGCAGCGCUCCUCCAGCUUCGGCGUGCCCAAUGCCAACAGCAUCAAGCAGAUGUUGCUGGACUGGUGCAGAGCCAAGACCCGGGGCUAUGAGCACGUGGACAUCCAGAACUUCUCGUCCAGCUGGAGCGAUGGCAUGGCCUUCUGUGCCUUGGUCCACAACUUUUUUCCUGAGGCAUUUGACUACAGCCAGCUGACCCCCCAGAACCGCCGCCACAACUUCGAAGUGGCCUUCUCCUCCGCAGAGACGCUGGUGGACUGCGUGCCCCUGGUGGAGGUGGAAGACAUGAUGAUCAUGGGGAAGAAGCCAGACUCCAAGUGUGUCUUCACCUACGUUCAGUCCCUCUACAACCACCUGCGUCGCCACGAGUUGCGCAUGCGGCAGAAAGAGUGCUAGAGCCUGCCCUGCCCGACACCCCGCUGCCCCCCGCCCUCAGGGCUGCCGCUGGGCAGGGGAGCUGCCUGCCUCGGGAGGGUCCAGGGGGACCCCGAGACUGGUGCUGGGGACAGGGGCCUCUGCAACCUGAGCACCCCCCCGACCUCUGCCUCGCCGGAGCUCCCCCUGCCCUGGGUGGCUGUGGGCUGACCCCACGGGCAGGGCAAAGCAGGGUCAGGCAGGUGCUGCUGGGGAUGCGCCCCGACUUGGCUUGUGCCUCCUGCGUUCCAGCAUGUUAAGUUAUUUGUUCUCCAGGAGCUGUUUGUCCCGUGGGCAGCACCCCUGCGUCUGUGGGGUGGCCCAGGCACGGCUGUGCCCUCAGGCCUGGGGCUGGCACGGGUCAGCAGCCAAGCGAGGUUGAGCAGUCCAGCCCGGGUUGCGGUGCAUCCCACAAGCAGCAUGCCCACGAGUGGUUUUCUUUGCCCCCCCCCCCUGCGAGGAGGAAGGCCCUCUGCCCACCGCAGGCCCCCUCGGUGCCACCUCCCUGGGGAUGGCCCCACAGCCCCAUGCUGACACCCUGCUUCCUACUGUGCACGUGCACCCUGGGGCACUUCCACACCAGUGGGGGGGCUGCAGCAUCCCUGUGCUGGGGAGUGGGUGGGAGGUGAGGGGUCCCAGGGGAGGGAUGGGCCCAAGGUAUGAGCUGGGAUGGCAGCACCCCCCCUCUCCUUCCCCAGCUCAGGACACCCUGUGCUCAGUGCCCCUCGCCCCUCCAUCACCAUCCCCACCCCUGCAUUGACACGUGUACCAACACCAGCCAGACAAUAAAGAAUUAUUCUAUAGGGUGA